AUAUGAUCCAUCAACAGGUACUUGGACUACUACGGGCAACCUAAAUAAUGAACGUCUUUGGCACACAGCAUCCGUAUUAACUAAUGGAAAAGUGUUAGUUACUGGUGGAUCAGGUAGUGGUGGCUUUAUAUCUAGUAGUGAGUUAUAUGAACCAUCAACAAGUAUUUGGAUCACUACCGGCGACUUAAAUAAUGCGCGAUAUGGGCAUACAGCAUCCGUAUUAAACGAUGGAACCGUGUUUGUUGCUGGUGGCGUGGGUAACGGCUCUAUUCUAAAUAGUGCUGAGUUAUAUAAUCCAUCAACAGAAACUUGGACUACUGUUACUCGUAAGUUAGAUCGUGCACGACAGUUGCACACAGCAUGCGUAUUAAUCGAUGGAACAGUGUUAGUCGCUGGUGGACAAGGUAAAAGUGGUUAUAUAAAUACUGCUGAGUUAUAUAAUCCAUCAACAGGAACUUGGACUACUACUACUUACAACUUAAAUUACGCGCGGUACUGGCACACAGCAUCCGUAUUAACUAAUGGAAAAGUGUUAGUUAUUGGUGGAUUGGGUGGUGAUGGUGUCUUAAGUAGUGCUGAGUUAUACGAUCCAUCAACACGUAGUUGGACCAUCACUGGCAACCUAAGUUAUGCACGAUAUGGGCACACAGCAUCCGUAUUAAACGAUGGAAGAGUAUUAGUUACUGGUGGACAAGAUAAUAGUGGUAUUAUAUUAAGUACUGCUGAGUUCUAUGAUUCAUCAACGGGUAUUUGGACCAGUACUAGCAACUUAAAUAACACACGACAACACCACACAGCAUCUGUGUUAACUGAUGGAACACUGCUAGUUGCUGGUGGAAACAAUCAUAAUCAUUUUCGAAAUGGUGCUGAGUUAUAUCAACGUCUAUAA